AUUUAUGACCACAAUUUGAGCCCAUAGAGUCACACAUAUAAACUUCACACAGAGACAGGGCUGAACUCAGACUUACAGACUUACAAACUUACAUAUGUGGCCUAUACACCUUUUGAAAGUGUGAGGUGAGAAUGUGUGGUUUUGGAUACAUUUCCUCUUAUUGUCCCCUGAAGCUUCGACACUUUUCUUCAACCUCACAAGUGAACAAAUGCAAAGUAGCUCACAGUGCUCGAGAAAUCCUCUUUUUUUCCUGCAAAAGGCAAUUUCUGACAUUUCCGCCAAUGACCUGUUUCUACUUUAGAAACACUCCUCACCGUGUGACUAAAUGUUCCAUUUGGGCAAGAAGAGAACAUUAGCACGAGGCAAGAGUGCUGUGGUACAAUGAGCUUAAAACUGACUGUUUUCAUUCUGUUUUUUACACCAGCCCUGAUUCUGACUGCUGACCUUCUUCCACCGAUUUCUUUGACUGCUGUUGAACCUGGUGACAAUGUUACUUUAGUGUGUAAUGUCUCUGAGAUGGGAAUUAAAAAUUUCUACUGGCAUAAACAGCCUCUUGGACAUUUGGUCCAAACUGUUGCCAAAGUCAUCCGUGGCCAAAGCACUAUUUCUGAGGAAUUCAAAGAUUCACGUUUCACAGUUAUAAAAAAGGCAUCUCAGUAUUUUCUAACUAUCAGAAAUGUCAGUAAAGAGGAUGAAGCAGCGUAUUUCUGUCAGACUGGAACAGAUUACUCUCCUAUGUUCAGUGGAGGAACAUUCUUGUUUGUGAAUGAUCACAGUGACCAGAAAUGUGUCUAUGUGAAACAAAGUCCACAGAGGGCAUCAGUUCUUCUGGGACACUCAGUGACACUAAAUUGUUCACUUCUCUCGGAGAACAAAGAAACUGCUGUCCAGUGUCCAGAUGAACACACAGUGUAUUGGUUGAGAGCUGGACCAGAAGGAUUUGAUUUAAACAUCAUUAACACUCACAGGAACAGCAGAAUUGAAGAUGUGAAGAGAAGUUGUGUCUACAAGCUGUCCAAAACUAUACAGAACUCCUCUGAUGCUGGGACUUACUAUUGUGCUGUGUUCACAUGUGGAAAGAUUCUGUUUGGUAAAGGAACUCAAGUGGAGACACCCCACAAACCAGGACCUGAAUUAGAACCUGUUGUCCUUGUUCUUGGAGUACUGCUGGCCUGCUGUGUUUCUGUGAUUGCCAUUCUUAUUUUCUACAUAAAACAAAGGAGCACAACAAAGGAGCGCUGCAGAGGGGAAAUGCAUGCCUCCAGUCAUUUUGGACAUGAUGUGUCAAAUGUGGAUCAAGCAAAGAUUUUGCCUAUGACCUAUUCAUCUGUGGAUUUCUCUGCAACAAGUGUAAAAAGAGGGAAGAAGAGGAGAGAGUCACUGCAAGACUAUGUGUACACUGCUGUUAAAGACCACCAGCAACACUCUGUAUAAGCCAAGGGCAGAAAGCUUC